AUGACAAUGGAUAGUGGAGGCGUUCAACAGAUAGUAUCUGCAUUGCAAAUAGUGUAUGACCCCAAAUCGACAAAUGAUCGAAGAAGAGAGGCACAGACCUUUUUAGAUACCAUCAAAACAAACGAGGAAAGUCCGUUCUGGGGUUAUCAAUUGGCAUUGCCAGAAAAUAAUGGCGACAAUUACAUUGUAAGGUACUUUGGGUUGUCACUAUUACAGCAAUCGAUAACUACAAAUUUUCACACUUUUGAUCAAGCAAAGACAGCUGCUGUAAAGCAGUGGAUAAUUGAUUUAUCCACCAAAGUUGAACCAAGUGAUCCUCAUUACAUCAAAGAGAAGAUUGCUUUGUUAUGGGUUUCAAUAGCAAAGAGAGUUUGGGGAAAUCAUCUAAUCAAAUCGAGGGACUCUCAUCACAACAGUGUAGAUGAAAACACAACAAUAUCGACAAACCUAGAGAAUAAUAAUAAACUGUCGGUCUCUCUCACGGAACAAGAGUCCGUCGAUGGCUGGGUAUCUAUGGAUGCCGAUUUAUUAAAGUUGUGGAAUAACAACAUAACAUGCCGAGAACUAUCUUUGAUUGUUAUUAGAACAUUGUUUGAAGACAUUUAUUUGUUGGAUGAUCCAAUUUCCUCCAAAAGAAGCACACUAUUGAAUCAAUUAUCAAUUUUGAUUGUGACUCCUCAAAGUGUAUUAGAGUCUAUGUAUGAGAACAAUCCUAACGUCACAAUUUGCAAGGCUCUGGCUGAUGGGUGGUUUAUAACAUGGUCGAGAUAUUUGGUUGAGUUGUUAACUAACAACGACUAUAAAGAUAAGAUCUGCCAAACAUUUGUGCCCAAGAUAUUAUCGGCAUUUAAAACUUGCUUACAUUGGAUCAACCCCUCCGUAUUAAGACAAGAGAAUAUCAUGCAAACGUUAAUUGGUAUAUUAACUAUCCCUGAUGUGCCAAUGAAAAUUUUAGCCGUUGAUUGCUUGCAUAUUUUGUUUACGAGAACUUACACCCAACCUGAAGAUUUUGACUUCUUCAUUGGUUCAGUAUUUACCAGUGAGGGCAUAACAAAAUUAAGCGAGUUUUAUCAUUCAUUACAUUUAGAUCCUGAUGAUGUAGACGAAACUGUUUAUUCACUCUUGAAGAAAACAGUGGAAAUGAUCGUGUCCUUGAGUGAAUACUUGAAUAUUGCUUCGAGAAAUAAAGUUUCGUGGGAAAGUUCUGAUGUUGAUAGCUAUUUGAAAUUGGUAUUGGAAACCACAAGCCACCCUAGUUUGAUAAUUAGUGGUUUAUCGUUGCAAAUGUGGAUCACCAUAUUGAGAUUCGAUGAGUUAAGUGCGAAACCUCAAUUUGUAAAACUCAUGCCAGACUUGCUAGAGAUUGCUGCCAAUAGAACCAUAAAUUAUACCUACGAUGAAAACAACAUCUCAAAAAAGUUUUUGGACGUUGAUUUCGAUUCAACUCCAGAUGCCAAUUCGUUUCUACAAAACUACAGAAAAUUCAAUGAAGAUAUAACACGUAUCACUGUGUGCAAGGAUCCUGAAAAUGGAUUAGCAUGGCUCGAAAAUAGACUUCAAGUAUUUUUUAGCUCGGAAUUAGGUAACAGAUGCGUCAGCGAAUUUAAAUUAGGUGAAAAGUCAGAAGAGUUCAAUUAUGGAUCGUCUCAACUUAGCACAAUUGAUUACACUUUACGUGGUGUCACUCGUUGGAAUGAAUGGUAUAAUCGGGAGGACAAAAAUACAAUUAAGGAGAGAUUAAAUAAAUUGGUUGAAUCUUUAUGUGAACGUUUAUUGGCAAUGAAUUUUGCCAGCCCAUUAUUGGUUAGAAAGCAGAUGCAAACAUUAGUUCAUUUUGCUCCACUUUUGAAGGAUGUCAACCCACCGCUCAUGUUUAGAGCUUUAGAAAAGAUUCUUACUACUGCGACUUACCCUUAUCCACCUAAUGUAUCGGAUGAGGAUAUGGAAUUGAUUCGAGAUUUAAGAGGUAGCUGUGGAACCGAAUUAAAUAGAUAUGCCUACAUGAUGCCUGAAGGAUUGAGCAAGAUAUUUACUGAUUUAGAGAAUGCCAUUGCCAAUAUAUUAUCUGCAAAAAAAGUCAGUGAUCAUGAAAAUGUUGCACUCAAAUCGUUUCUUUUGGUAAUUGCGUUUAGGUCGUCUAUUGGUAAUAAGGAUGAAAUAUUUGCAAAGAUUGUCGAUCCAGAUUUAGCCGCAUGGUCUGCACCCGAGACGGAGAAAGGGUUAAUGGAUUUACAUUGGUUUAUGGAAAGAAUUGGUAUUGUUGAAAUUGCUUCCUAUUUCCAGAGUCGUGGAAUAACUGCCACUACGAACCUUUUGGAGGCAAAAAUGGAUGAAGAAGGUAAAUUGUUGAAAACAAAGUUAAAGGAUCACUGGUCUUCUAUUUUCCCAAUAAGAGCGACAAGAAUUUUUAUUCAGUAUAGUAUAGAGAAAUUGAACCAUAAUUCUCCUGAGUAUUUACAUCUAUUGAAACUUUGGAAACCAAGAAUUCAACCGAUUGUGCCGCAUAUUUUGCAACUAUUGACACAAAUUCAAGCUUAUCAUGAUCCUCAGAAUUGGAAAGAUUUACCAAUCGAAGUUCAAUCGUUUGUUAAAGAGAGUUGUACCGAAAGAUUUUGGCAGCAAGGAGUAUCUAUUCAAUCGAAAGAAACAUUUAUGGAGGAGAAUGUGAAAGCUGCUUUGACUUUAAGGGAUUUUGCCGAUUCGGUGGGGCAUUUGAUUAGAUAUACUCGAGAAUAUGCAUUUUUAACUGUGGGCUCAAUAGCUCAAUUGGAAGACACAUUGUAUGAAAUUCCUGGCAUUGCACUGAUGAUCUGGAAGGCCGUGGCGGGUGAUACAAUUGGUGUCACAUUACAUAGUUGGAAGCAUAUGAUAAACAGUUGCUUACGAGUAGUUAUUAAGUUUUGUCCUGUGAAGUAUGUUGAAGUAUUUAUGAGUGAAUUAUUACCAGCAGUGUUCUUAGACUUGGACAAAUUACUUGUUGAUAGAUGGACUAAAAUAAAUGGCAAUGGGAUACAAUUGCAAGGAAACGAAGAUGACGAAACUUUGUCGGAAGAGAUGAUGGAAGAACACAUGUUAAGGCAAUUGACUGCAACUGUUGUGAGAUUAUUGAUGGAUGUUGUUGGUCAAUAUAAUGCUAGACCAGCCACUGACACUCAGUUUGCAUGCAAGAAAUUAGUAGCUGAGAAUAAGGAGGUUUUAGCCCCAUUCCUACAAAUAUGUUGUCAUUUGUUUUUGUUCAAAGAUACAAAGUGUUCGUUCAAUACUAUUUUGGUAAUACGUAACAUCUUGCCCGAAGUCUUGUUAAAGGACGACGAAGUUGAUAAAUAUCUUUCUGAUCACCUUAUCAAGUCUUUGCUUGAGGUAUUGCUUGAUGAUUAUUUUGCUGAGACGCAUAGUGAAGCUGCAAUUGCAUUAACAACUUUGUAUUGUGCUUUGAGAUCUAAAAACGAUUACCCAGCCAGGAUUUUGAUUCAGAAUUUACAAAAUAUAAAUACCCGAGACAUUAGUAAUUUUGAAUCACAGUUGGUCAAUUCAAAAUCCUUGCGACACCAAAGAGGUGCUUUGAUAGAUUUAGUGAGAAGAUCUAAAAACCAAGAAGUUGAUGAAAUGACCAAAAGAAAGAAAGAGUUGGAAGCAGUUUCUAUUGCUAAUAGAAAGAAGAGAAAUGGUGGUGUUGAUGUCAUGAAUGAUCCGUAUACUGAAAAUGGUGCAUUGGGACAAUUGUUUGGCGAAGAUUAA